AAUCUCUGGAAACAGGAUUAAGGAAGAGGACACCAUAAGCCCUGUCCUCCUGUCCUUUCUUCCUACAUCAUGUGGAAGAAUAGACAGGCUCUGUCAUGUCUUAUUUCAGUUUUUCUUGUCUUUCUGCCUUCUGCUUCCUCGUUCCAUUCAGAUCCGAAGUAUAUGGUGCUGGUCCCUUCCCAGCUCCUCACUGAGACCCCUGAGAAAAUCUGCCUCCAUCUAUACCAUCUGAAUGAGACAGUGACGGUCAGAGCCAUCUUGCAGUCCAGCUGGGGAAACAGAAGCCUGUUCAAUGAGCUUGUGGUCGACAAGGACUUGUUCCGCUGUGUUUCCUUUACUCUCCCCAGACUUUCCCUUUCUGAGGAGAAGGUGUCCCUCUCUGUCCACACCAAAGGGCCAACACAUGAAUUCAGCAAAAAGACGGUGGUGCUGGUGAAGAACAAAGAAAGCGUUGUCUUUCUCCAGACAGACAAACCAAUGUACAAGCCAGGACAGUCAGUCAACUUUAGGGUUGUCUCUAUGGAUAAAAAUCUACACCCUCUGAAUGAGUUGUUUCCUGUGGUUUACAUUGAGGAUCCAAAAACGAACCGAAUUAUGCAGUGGCAGAAUAUCAGCACAGAGAACGGGCUUAAGCAACUGUCCUUCAGUCUGUCUCUGGAGCCCAUUCUGGGCUCCUACAAGAUAGUGAUACAAAAACAAUCGGGAGUGAAGAAAGAGCACUCCUUCACCGUGGAGGAAUUCGUGCUUCCCAGAUUUGAAGUUCAAGUAAAGGUCCCUAAGGCCAUCACUGUGCAAGAUGAAAAAAUAAAUGUGACGGCAUGUGCAGUAUACACCUACGGGAAGCCUGUUCCAGGACAUGCAAAGAUAAGUAUAUGCCUUAAAUAUCUGCACUUCGGCUUUGAGAGAGACACUAUAUGCAAAGGAGUCAUUUCCCAGCUAGACAAAAAUGGCUGCAUCACACUAGAAGAAGACAUCACUGUGUUCCAAUUAAAGGAAAAAUAUUAUGGCAUGCAGCAUCUUCACGUGAAUGCAAAUGUUAUAGAAGAAGGGACAGGAUUCGAGUUCAGUGGAUCUGGAACAACUAAAAUUGAAAAAACCACAACCAAACUUGUAUUUGUGAAAGUGGAGUCACACUUUAGACCUGGGAUUCCAUUCCUUAUGAAAGUUCGCUUAGUGGAUGUCCGGGACAUUCCUCUCCCAAAUGAAAAAGUCUUCAUCAAACCACAUGAAGCUGGUAUCAGUGCUGCUAUCACUGAUCAGCAUGGCCUGGCAGAAUUCUCCAUCAACACCACCAGCAUUGAGAGUUCUUCCCUCACUAUCAAAGUCUACCACAAGAAAGAAAAUUCCUGUAUUUUUUUCCCUUGCAUGGAAGAACUAUACGCAGAAGCACAGCAUGUGGCCUACAGAGUUUAUACCGUGAGCAGGAGCUAUGUCUACCUUGAGACAGAGCCUGGCAUCUUGCCCUGCAGCCAGAUUCACACAGUUCAGGCACAUUUUAUUCUGAAGGGGCCGGUCUUGUUGUUGCUGAGAGAGCUCAAUUUUUACUACCUGGUCAUGUCCCAGGGCAAAAUCGUCCAUACAGGAAGCCACACUCACCACAUGGAACCAAGCAAAUUCACUCCAGCUCCAGUGAAAGGCCACUUCACCUUGGAGAUCCCCGUGGAGUUCAACAUGGCCCCUGUGGCUAAAAUGCUCAUCUAUGCCAUCUUGCCUGAUGGAGAAGUGAUUGCAGAUUCUACCAACUUUAAAAUUGAAAAGUGUCUUCUCAACAAAGUGGACCUGAGCUUCAGCCCAGCCCGAAGUCUCCCUGCCUCACAGGCCCAUCUGCGUGUCACAGCUUCUCCUCAGUCCCUCUGUGGCCUGAGAGCAGUGGACCAAAGCGUGUUGCUCCUGAGGCCUGAAGCUGAGCUCUCCUCUUCCUGGAUCUACCGUCUGCCAGAGAUGCAGCACAAGGACUUAAUGCCAAGAUCCCACCAUCUGCCUGAAGAACGAGACUUUUGUGUGAAUGUUGAAGAUAAGCCUGGAUUCACAUACUCAGGAGCACAUGUAAAUGACAAGGAAGUUUAUGACUCCAUAGAGGAUGUGGGUUUACAGGCGUUCACCAACUUGGAGAUCAAGCAUCCUAAAAGAUGUCUCAACUAUGACCAUUUUCUAAUAGCAGUGUCUGCUAGAAUGUUUGACAAUAUAAAUUACACUGAUGGAAUUGCGUACCUAAGGGAAGGUACGUAUCCAUCAACUGAGGAUCCACCACGUGAAGAUACAAAUACUGAGACCUUUCGAAACUAUUUUCCUGAAACCUGGAUCUGGGAUUUAGUCACAGUAAACUCCUCAGGAGUAGCUGAAAUGGAAGUGACAGUCCCUGACACCAUCACUGAGUGGAAGGCCGGGGCCUUCUGCCUGUCCAAUGACACUGGACUUGGGCUCUCUCCUGUGGUUUCUCUCCAAGCCUUCCAGCCCUUCUUCGUGGAGCUCACGAUGCCCUACUCUGUGAUCCGUGGAGAAGCCUUCACGCUCAAGGCCACUGUGCUGAACUAUCUUCCCACCUGCAUCCGGCUGGCUGUGCAGCUGGCAGCCUCUCCGGAUUUCACAGCUGUCCCGGUAGAGAAAGCCCAAGAUUCUUACUGCCUCUGUGCCAACGGGAGGCACACCACGUCCUGGUUGGUGACUCCCAAGUUUCUAGGGAAUGUGAAUUUCUCUGUGACUGCAGAGGCACUGCAGUCCCCAGAGCCCUGUGGUUCUGAGGUGGCCACAGUCCCUGACACCGGGAGAAAGGACACAGUUGUCAAAGUCCUCAUUGUUGAGCCUGAAGGAAUUCAGGAG